AUGUCCAACUAGCAACCAGACUCACUCGUAAAGUAUGACAUUCCUAUUCUAGUCUCAACCUCUGUCACUGGUAAGAAGGGAGCUAAGAAGAAGACACAGCAACUAGCUCCAUUAGAGAAAACUGCUACUACUAGAAACGAAGACUAUUUGAAUUCUAUCUUGCCUCCUAGAGAAUAUACUGAGAACGGUUAACUCUGGGUGAGAUAUGUUUCCCCAACGCCCGCAACAAGAGUUGAUGUUAUCAAUCUCUAAGAUGAACUCGAUAAGAGACUAUAGGCAAGAUAAGCUCGUGAGACAGGUAUUUGUCCAAUCAGAGAAGAACUUUAUGCUUAAUGCUUUGAUGAGUUGAUCCGUUAGAUUACUAUUCAAUGUGCUGAGAGAGGUUUCUUAUUAGUUCGUGUUCGUGAUGAAAUUAAGAUGACUAUUCAAGCAUACUAAACUCUUUACGAGAGUUCAAUAGCUUAUGGUAUGAGAAAAGCACUAAUGGCUGAGCAAAAGAAGAAUGAAAUGCAAACAACAAUCAAGCAAUUAGACGAGACAUGCGAUGAGUUAUCAAGAGAAGUUGAAAGAUUAGAGCAAGAGAUAGAUGAUGUUAUUCGCAGAGACGAGGAAGAAAGAUAAAGAGAGCAAAAAGCCCAUGAAGACCAAGUUUAAUACUUAAAGGAUCUCAAUCAAGACUACAAGAAUGAACUUGAAACCCUUCUCUCAACUCCAAAGAAAUGA